UCUACGCGGACCGAGCAGCGCGCGAGCAGCCACCGGACGCGGACACGCAGCCACACUGUGGGACUCCGGCCGCGAGGACUUGAUCCACCAAAAAAGCCGCCAUCACCGCCGCCGUGCGAGAUAGAAGGCAUAGAAGAAGCGACCGCUGCCGCCGGAUAGAGGCUAGCGAGGAAUUGAACUCCGGAUAGAAGAAGCCGCGGGCCCCGCCGGCGGAUGCACAUCAGAGACUUUACGGCGUUUCGCCUGAUUGGCGAGGAGGUCCUUCCCUCUCUGUCGCUCUCAUGCGGCGCAUGCGGCGCCCCGUGUAGGUGCGAGAGAGACAGAGCGACAAAACCGGGCGCGGCCGGAAGGUGCCUCCGUGACCCAGUGAGUGCACUGUGAGUGCCGCCCGGUCACGUGACGCGCGGGGCGGCGCGGCGGUGUGCCUCCAGCGGGAGUGGGAGUGUGCAGUUCAGUCGUGCAGCAUCUCGACGCGGCUAGGCGCGGCAUGGCGCCAGUCCCCACAGUGCAGCGGCAUUCUUGGCGGGGGCCGCGGAGGCGCCACGCGCGGUGACGAGGACAGUGUCGCGAGUGACGUUCAGUGAGUGAGAGAGUGACGAGUGUAGGCGUCCACCGAGUGCCCCGCAAGAUGGCCAACCUGUGCGCGGGGAAGGCCGUGAUGGUCAUCAGCAACGCGUUGUUCCUGGUGUCGGGGCUGGCCGCGGUGGCGCUGGGCGCGCUGCUGCUGUCCGACGCGCCGCGCGUGCUCAUGAGUCGCCUCAUCCUGGCUGCCGGCGUGUCCGGCGCCAACGCGACGCUGCUGCCGCCGCAGCCGCUGCUCUACUACGUGUGCCUGGCCGUGAUGGCGCUGGGGCUGGUCGUCUGCGCCGUGGCCGUGCUGGGCUGCUGGGCCUCCUGCCUGCACUCGUACUGCAUCCUGGGCACGUACCUGUUCCUGCUGACGCUGCUGCUGCUGGGCGAGCUGGCCGUCGGCGCCCUGGCCGCGCUCGGCCCGCAGUUCCUGGGCCUGGCCGUGGAGCACCCCAGGCUGACGGACGCUCUGCAGCGCGGCUACGGCGUGCCCGGCAGGGAGCAGUUCACCGCCGCCUUCGACCUGGCCCAAGUGACGCUGCGGUGCUGCGGCGUGGUGGGCGGCUCGGACUACCACUCGUCGUGGUGGCACCUCCGCGAGCUGGGGCAGCGCGACCUGCUGGUGCCGCUGUCGUGCUGCUCGCUGGACAACGUCAGGGACCCCGACAGUUUCCUCGACCCCAGGCCCACCAACCUGACGCUGUGCCAGUCGCUGCAGCAGGACGUGGCCAGGCCCUUCCGACACAUGGAGGGCUGCGGCUACAAGAUCGGCCUGUGGCUGGGCGAGCAAGUGCGCCUGCUGGCGUCGGCGGGCGGCGCCCUGGUGCUGGUGCAGCUGGUGGCCCUGCUGUCCGCCAUCCUGGUGUGCGUGCAGCUGCCCAGGUGCCGCCAGAAGCACCGCGAGCAGCAGCUGCAGCUGCAGGAGCAGCAGGACAUGCAGCUGCGGAUGACGCCGCGCAGCGAGAACGGCUUCCUGGACUAUGACCACACCGCCGACAAGUACGCCAGCGGUGGCGACACGCCCCCGGCCGAGAACAACAACACCCUGCUGACGCGCGUCCCCGGCACGCUGGCCGAGCUGCCGCCCUUCGGGGCCUUCGGGCCCUACAAGCAGCGCUUCCAGAGCCUCGUCGGGCCCCCCGUGGGGCACCCCAUGGCCCUGGGGCCGCCGGGGAGGAUCGACAUGGUGGACGCGUCCGUAUACCACCUGCCCAUGCCCACCGAGAUCACGCCCGUGAUGGGCCCGCUGCACAUGGGCGCCGGGUCCCCCGUGCAGGGCAGCAAGUACGUGACCGAGGAGGUGGUGUACCAGCAGAGCGACGGCGCCGUCAAGUACAGCCUGCCGCCGCGCCGCAGCUACCAGCCGGACGCCGUGAAGCCGCCCAAACCUCCGCCUAAGCCGACCACGCUACCGUACGACAUGUGCAACUGCGACCUGCAGAAGUUUUACCAGUCGUGCUACACGCCUGGCGGCCAGGGCUACGCGGACACCAUGACGAGGACGUCCAUGGCGCUGGAGCCCAGCCCGUACCAGUACAUGGAGGAGCUGCGGGCGAGCCCCUACCAGCAGGCGCUGGCUUACCACGGCAAGCGCGCCAGCACCAGGCCCAAGCCGGACGCGGCGCCCAAGCAGGCCGACGGCGAGCCCCCGCAGCCCCACCGGCCGCAAGGGGAGGCACGGCCCCAGGGCCCCCAGGGGGAGGCCCAGCCCCCGGCCAGCCCGGCCACCGGAUCGGCAGUGGGGCCGUCAGGCACGAACCGGAGUCGACGGAGACAGCACGCCGAGCGAGAGAGACAGCUGCUGCAGGAGGUGGCGUGAAGAUGGCCCCCGGCGGCUGCAAAAGAGGUGAUUCUGAGAGAGGCUCCGGCCAAACCGGGGCCCAGCAGGAGCAGCC